CUCUCUCACUUAAGUCUCUCUCUCUCUCUUUCGCUCUGUACGGCACGUCUACCCGCAGCGGCGACGUUACCGGAAUUCCAUCCCCCUCGACCUACCCCAAUUUUCUCUCUCUAAAAUUCAAAGCAAAUCCUUUUUCUCUCUCCUCAUUCUCUUAACCAGUCAAUUCACUCUCUGUCUUCCCUUGAAUCAUUUUGGAGGACCUCUUUCCCUCCCUCUCUCUCUCUCUCUUUCUCUCAAAUUAUUCUCAGAGAGAUGCAGCGCGGUCGGGGCGGGGCGACAUGCCUAGCGCUCUCGACGUCGGCCCUCUCGACAACGGCUGCUUCCGAGACGGAGACUGCCUGCGAAAGGGCGAAGCGUUUGAUCGAAGAGAACCCCGUCAUCAUCUUCAGCAAUCCAUCGUGCUGCAUGUGCCACGUGAUGAAGCGUCUCCUUCUCACCCUCGGCGUCCACCCCACCGUUAUCGAAUCCGACGACGAUGCCCUCCGUGCCCUCUCCUCUUCGCUCUCUGCACCUGCUGUCUUCAUUGGGGGGGAGCUCGUCGGUGGGCUUGAAAGCUUGAUGGGCCUUCACCUUAGUGGGGACCUUCUCACCAGGCUCAAGGACUCUGGCGCUCUCUGGCUCUAACUAUUAUUUCACCUUUCUAUUAUUUCAGUAGUUGGAGUGGUUUCUCUUUCUGGUUUUCUUAGUACUCCAAAGUUCUACAUUUGUUAUGCUUUCUUCUCUUUUGCUUAAACUUAAAAUGAAUGAUGAUGAUACUUGUUCUCUCUCUCUCUUCCUUGUUCUGGUUUGUAUGGAUGCCUUUUCGUCUCCAUCGCUCAAAGCUUUGUACAUACACCUUGAACGAGUUCAAGCUCUUAAAAAUGGAGGCUUCUGAGAAAAGGAUAUCUAUCCUUAUUAUUGUUAUUGUAUCAUAAGUUCGUAACUGUUAAUAUGAAUCUCUUUCUCUCUC